UGAAAUGCAAGCUGAAGAAGUGGCGAGCGGUCUCUUUACUCCAGAAAAUAUAAAAUGUGUUGAGAUCAACAAUUUUGCCUCCACCCCAAAGCAUGAAAAGAACUUUGUGAACGGUUUACAAAACGCUCGGCAACUGCUAGAAGGACUGCAACGGAGCCUCGCCAAAACCAGCAAGUAUGAAGAUCAGAUGUUGCGAUGCAAGUCCACUCAUGCGCAUUCCCACGCUUACUGGUGGGACAGCGACUUCUCGGAGAAGGAGCCCAAGAGUUCCAAAACAGGCAAGAAGAUAAAACCAAGAAGUCACGUCAACUUAGCAGAACCUUGGUCUACCACUAGCAUCGUUUGUCUUCAGUACCAGUACGAAGAGUUAUCAAAGCGCUACGAGUCCUUACUCCAAUCCUACCACGAUCGAUGCGCGGCGGUCGGUGAGCGGGAUGAAGCCCUGGGCCGCCUGCGCCGCCGUGUCAGAGAUGCUUACGCGCAUCUAACUCAGGCACAUCGCACGCUCAUCGCUGUGGGGGACAAGUAUUUGGAUCUAAGCCGAAGGAAGCGGACGCAAAAGAACAAAUACGAACUGAAGAUCAAGCACCUGAAAGCGACAGUACGAGGCGUGAUGGCCAUGUGCGAGCACUCCAGGCUUCAGCUCGACACCACCAUCGCUCGAUACCUGGAGACCGAGGGAGAGGCUCCUAAUGCCCAGUUGCUGGCCGAAAUAAGAAAAUGCAAUCUUCUCUUCUUGGAAAACUUGAGACUCAAAGCCCAGAUAGAAAAGUUGUCACCAGGCGAAGCUUUUUCGAAAUAACUUUAGA